UUGGGUGAAAAUCCAAACAAAUUUGUAUAUGCAAAAUUGUAAGUGUAUUGGUAAUUUUUAAUUUUAAGCAUAAACAUGAAUAUGAACAUGAACUACUGUCAAAUGCCCUACGAGGCUGAUUUCUCGGAGGAUGGCAACAAGGCUUUAACGAGCACACAGAUGGGCAUGCAGGCGGGCGGGGGACAGUCUGUACAGGCGCAAGGACAAGGUUCCAUGCCCAUGUGCAUGCCUAUGGGUAUGCCUAUGAGCAUGCCAAUGAGUAUGCCAAUGAGCAUGCCCAUGUCAAUGGCGGGCAUGCCAAUGCAAAUGCCACUGAAUAGCAAUAUGGGCGGGAUGAGCUCGAUGCCCAUGCAGACGUCAAACCAAAUGUCUUAUGCGAUGCCACAGCAGCAGCAGAGAAUGAUGCCGCAAAUGCAGCAGUCGAUGCCGUCGCCAAUGUCAAUGAUGCAGUCGUCAAUGCCGCAAAACUCUCAGAUGACAAUGUCGCCCAUAUCGACGAUGUCGACGCAGCUGCCGCCUGGAGCGGUGGCACCUCUAAGCAGCAUGACUGUAAUGCCAAUGGGUGGCGGUGGCGGCAUCGAUGGCGGCGGCAUGAAUGUGGUUGUGCCUGAUCUGCAGCCCUUGUCUGCGAUGAAUACAGGAAGUGCCAUGAACCAAAUGCAGCAGCAUCAUCAUCGCCAAAGCGGGGGCGGCGGCAAUUGGAUGAACGCCAGUGGCGGCCAAUACAGCAUGCCCAGCAACAACAUGUGGAACUAUAGUCAGGGCUAUCCGGGCAUGCAGCAGCAACAACGCAUGAAAUCUGCCGGCGACUACCAACAAAGCUACAGAGAGACUCGCAAUGGCUUGAACUCACCUUCGAUUAUGGAUCCACUGAAGUACGCCGGAAAAGGCAGCACUGGAAAUAUACCUGGCAAAAAGACCGCCCCCUGGCGUUAAUAUCUUAUUAUAUUCAUUAUUUUGUCGUUCUUAUCGUGCUAGAAAUUGAUGUCAAAAUCACAGCUUUGUUUAAUUUUUGUGUAUUGCUUUGUUUAUGACACACAAA